CUUAUCCUAGCUUCCCGCCCUUCUAACUACUGGAACUUUCGUCAAUGUCCUUGGUAAAUCAUUGAAUCUUAUCUGUUUCUUCACAGCUACAGUGCUGGUUCUAGGCGAUCGGUCCUACAAGAGCCAAAAUGGAAGGUCUCGUGGAUCCAGAGACAAUUUACAUGAAGCAGAACUGCAUCGGCGGCGGGAGUUUUGGGAAAGUAUAUAAAGGUGUCGACAAACGAACCGGAGCCUCCGUUGCAAUCAAGAUCAUUGAUGUUGAAAAUGCCGAAGAUGAGGUUGAAGAUAUCAUCCAAGAGAUUGCUAUUUUAUCUGAGCUCAAUUCGCCCUACGUCACCAGAUAUCAUGGUUCGUUCUUGAAAGGCUCGAGCUUGUGGAUAGUUAUGGAGUUCUGCUCCGGGGGAAGUUGCUCGGACUUGAUGCGCCCUGGCACGAUUCCUGAGGAGUACAUUAUGAUCAUUCUACGAGAGUUGCUACGUGGGCUAGACUAUCUGCAUAGCGACAAAAAACUACAUCGCGAUGUCAAAGCUGCCAAUAUUCUUCUCACAUCUAGUGGCCAGGUGAAGCUUGCAGACUUUGGUGUUUCGAGUCAAUUGUCAGCAACCAUGACGAAGAAAAAUACUUUCGUGGGUACUCCGUUUUGGAUGGCACCAGAAGUGAUCAAGCAAUCGGGAUAUGAUUAUAAGGCGGACAUCUGGUCUCUGGGAAUCACUGCAAUUGAACUAGCGAAUGGAGAGCCACCUUACUCUGACAUCCAUCCCAUGAAGGUGUUGUUUUUGAUUCCCAAGAACCCUCCCCCAACUCUGCACGGAGACUACAGCAAAGCCUUCAAAAAUUUUGUGGAGCUUUGCUUGCGGAGGGACCCGAGGGAGCGCCCUUCGGCUCGGGAAUUGUUGGAGCAUCCAUUCAUCAAGAGGGCAAAGAAGACGACAUACCUAACGGAACUGAUUGAACGCCACGAGCGUUGGAACACUGUAAAUGGCAACAAAUCAGCCGAUGAUGAGGAUGACAACUAUCAAGAACUCCCCUCCAAGGCCGGCACAUUUGAUGACGAAGACGAUCUCUGGGAUUUCGGCACUGUCCGUCCUGCUGGGGGCCGGGCUCCUGCUCUGAAGCCCAUGAAAGAAGCAGACGUCAAUGCACGAACUCAUGACCUUGCUGAACAAAACCUCAAGACAAGCAGCCGGAAGGAAGUCGCGAGAGAGAGGAAUAACAAUCCCACUGUGCCGAUGCUGCCGGUGCGCACCCCUAGCGCUAUAUCUGUUCCGUCGUCACCCUCGAAGAUUCCGUUGCCGCCAUCCCCUGUCAAGCCUUCAACAUCAGAGUGCAGACAACACACCCCUUCUCAUGUGCAUGAGCCAGCCAUACACAAGCCUAGAGAAAGCCCUGGUAGUGAGUACGACAGAGCUCUACAACAGGCCUUGGCCGAUGAUUUGAGCUUCCUUGAUCUCGAUCAGUCACCAAAUAUCUCCCUAGCCUCCUCAAAUGACCGCCAGACAGCCCAUGUACAGGAUUAUGAGACACCGAAUCUACCGCGAUGCACUGAAGGCACACCUUCUCGGAGACAACCUCCCCCUCAAGCACUACCUGGCGCUUUCAGUCAGGCUCUCGGACCUACGGUUGCAUUCAUACCACACCACCAAAAGACUACACCAUCACAGUCACAAUCUCGACCCCCCCCCACGCCUAAGCAUAUGUCACCGCAGUCACCUUCAUCUCAAUCUCAGAAAUUGCCCGUGCAAAACAGCACAUCGGCCCCGUUGGGGCAUAGCCGAAAUCAAUCUCACAGCGUCACCAGUAAUCCUUACACAGGCAGCUCCUAUGACAACGCUUCGCGGGCAAACAAUCAAUCGUCGCAGUUUCCACCAGGAGAGAUCACCGCCCUGAACAGUGUCAUACUACCUGCUCUCGAGGCUGCCAUACGUCGCCGCGCACGCCGCUUAGAGCUUCUUACACGCAUCUCAGCUGGCGACAGCAGCACCGAUGCAUACAAGAGGCAGUCACGUCAGUACCACGCCCAUGAGAUGAUGGAGUCUCUUGUGGGCGAUCUGUGCGGAAUGUUCGCCAGACUCGAACACUGGGACAAUGAGGCCCCGGUGGGAAUGGGCGCUCAGGUCUCGUCGUUUUUAGAAGGGUUUCUUGAAGAGAUCCUUGUCCGAAUUGAGCCGUCGGACGAGGACUCAAGCUCAGGUGGGAUUUAGACCAUCUUCUUUGUGGUAGCAUCUCAGUCGCCGCUGAUUGUCCGGCCUGCUUGAUGAUCACGUCAGGUUAUUCUUCCUCGCCACAUGUUCACAGCGUCUAGUUCCGAAUGAGUCCAGCAGA